AUGACUGGUGUUGAUCAACCUCAAGUCCAACCCGCCGACACCAACACCAAACCCGAACACUCCGCCUCCGAUUCUCACUCCCACACCCCUUCCGAUUACGCUCCAUAUCCUAAAAUCGACCCAAACGACGUCGCACCACCACCACCAUCUCAAUCCGUUGCAACUGAAUCACGCGCCACCGGUGCUGCCACCACUAUGCCCACCGAGUCUAAUCCAUAUGUCUCUCCCGCGCCUGUUCCUGCACCCACACCUGCCAAGAAUACUUUAGAUUCGGUGAAAGAUGUUCUUGGUAAAUGGGGAAAGAAAGCUGCUGAGGCUACCAAGAAAGCCGAGGAUCUUGCUGGAAAUAUGUGGCAGCACUUGAAAACGGGUCCUAGUUUUGCGGAUGCUGCUGUGGGGAGGAUUGCCCAGGGAACAAAAGUUCUCGCAGAAGGACCUGUCAUGGGAGUCUUAUACUUGUCAUCUGCAAAGCUCGCAUUUUGUAGUGAUAACCCACUCUCUUACCAAACUGGUGACCAGACACAAUGGAGCUAUUAUAAGGUGGUUAUUCCAUUGCAUCAGCUGAGAGCAGUGAACCCAUCCACAAGCAAAGUCAACCCAUCCGAAAAAUUUAUACAGAUUAUCUCGGUAGACAACCAUGAAUUUUGGUUUAUGGGCUUUGUGAACUACGACAGCGCUGUUAAACAUAUUCAAGAAGCAUUGCAGUCUCGCUGA